CUUUUAUCGCUUCUUCUCUUUCUCCGCCUUUUCUCCCUUCUUGUCUGAACUCUCUAAGCUCGGCUCCGAUCCGGCUAAGAUCCAGCUCCCACCAUUUUCAUACCUUUCUCUCUCCUUUUCAAUCUCCCUCCUUUCUUCCCUCCUCUUCACAGACUUACAGUCCUGCACAACCUCAAAUAUGCAUGUUUACACACCUUUCUGAAAGAGGGUUUGAUGGAGGGGCUUCAAAUGGCUCAUGAUUUGUAGAGAUUGAGUGAGAAGAUCCGUACUGGUGCCCCAAAAAAUUUGUUAGCUCCUUUUAACUUCUCAUGCAGUUUGGGGCAGGUGCAAUUGGUGGGAAAACUGGAGCCUUAAUGGAUUGGAGUGUAAACACUUCCUACAAAAGCCUGAAAGUAGAUAUGGAAUCCAAAUCUGUGAUGGAUGUGGCACUCAUUCCAAACAUCGAACCAAUAGAUAGUGCACCAGGUACUUCGGACAAAGGAAAUCAUAUGACAAAACCAAGAAAGAAGACUAUGACGUCGGUUUACCUUAAAUUUUUCGAAACAGCACCAGAUGGCAAGAAUCGCAGGUGCAAGUUCUGCGGACAGAGCUAUUCAAUUUCUACAGCCACUGGCAAUUUGGGCAGGCAUCUCAGCAACCGUCAUCCAGGAUACGAUAAAUCGGAUGAUGGUGUCUCCACCCCAAACUCACAACCAAUUAUAGUCGUCAAAAAGCCUCAAACCCAAGUGAAAACAUCUCACGUAGAACUCGACCACCUCAACUGGCUGCUCAUAAAAUGGCUGGUUUUAGCUUCUUUACCUCCUUCUACAUUCGAAGAAAAAUGGCUAUCCAACUCCUUUAAAUUCCUCAGUCCACCCGUCCAAAUCUGGCCUGGCGAAAAGUUCCAAGCCGUUCUCCACGAAGUUUUCAGAAGCAUGCGUGACGAUAUAAGGUCCACGUUAGAACAUGUUUCCUCAAAAGUCUCGAUCACCCUUGAUUUCUGGACAUCAUACCAACAGAUCUUUUAUAUGAGCGUUACUUGCCAAUGGAUCGACGACACCUGGUCCUUCCACAAAGUGCUUCUUGAUAUAUCUCGGGUUUCUUCGCCUUGUGGAAGUGGCGAAAUAUAUCACACACUAAUUAAAGUCUUGAAGUUUUAUAAUUUAGAAACCAGAAUUCUUUCGUGUACUCAUGAUAACAGUACAAAUGCUGUUCAUGCUUGCCAUACUCUUAAAGACGAUCUUGAUAGCCAAAAAUCUAACCCCUUCUGUUACGUUCCGUGUGCUGCUCGCACAUUGAACUCCAUUAUCGACGAUGGUUUGAGAUCAACGAAAUCAGUAAUCGCAAAGAUUAGGGAGUUUGCGUUGGAGAUGAAUUCAUCGUCGGAGAUGAUGGAGGAAUUCAGUCAAUUAACAUCAACUUAUCAAGAAGGUAACUGGAAAUUUCCGCUUGAUGUUUCAGCCCGUUGGAGUGGCACUUAUCAAAUGCUCGAUAUUGUUCGUAAGGCCGGUAAAUCUGCGGAAACUGUUAUUAGGAAGCAUGAAGAAACACAUAGCAGGCUGCUGUUAAAUUCGGCAGAGAAGAACGCGAUCAGUAUCAUGCAUACGUAUCUGGAACCGUUCUACAAGACCACAAACGACAUAUGCACAAACAAGCUGCCAACCGUUGGGCUCGUUCUCUUCUUCAUGGAUCACAUUUCUGAGACAAUUACUGCUUGCCGAGAAUCCCGUCACAGUCCCGACUGGCUUAAAAACGCUGCAGUUGACAUGGCUGCAAAGGUGAGAAGCUACAACGAUCAGGUUUCAAACAUAUUCACAUAUAUGACCGCUAUUCUCGACCCCCGGAUAAAAAUCGAACUCAUUCCCGAAAGUCUCAACUUGGAGAACUAUCUCGAGGAAGCAAGGAGCCAUUUCGUUAGAAAUUACUCAACUACCCAUUUCCCUUCUAUGGCUGCAUCUUAUGGCAGUACUCAAGAAUUGGAGGAUGGAGGGAGUAAUGUGUCAUUUGCCGAAGAAAUCGCCCGUAAAAGACGUAGAGCGAGCAUGGGCACCGCAACCGAUGAGCUCACACAGUAUCUCUCGGAGCCGCCAGCUCCGAUUCCGACUGACGUAUUGGAGUGGUGGAAAGUAAACAGCACUCGGUACCCACGGUUGUCGGUGAUGGCUCGGGAUUUCUUGGCGGUUCAGGCGACUUCAGUUGCACCAGAGGAUUUGUUUUGCAGCAAAGGGGAUGAGGUCGAGCGGCAAAAACAGCUGCUUCCAGUUUCGAGUAUGCAGGCGAUUCUUUGUGUUAGAUCGUGGACGGAAAGCGGGAUGAAAUUGAAAUAUAAGUCUACGGAGAUCGAUUACGAGAGGCUUAUGGAGUUGGCUGAGAAUGGAGCAGGAGGUUUUGAGAAGAAACAGAAAUGAGAUGAAUGGGAAUGGGAAUGGGAAUGGGAAUGUUAAAUGUAUAUUUUUAAAUAGCUGUGGUUAUUUGUUGAUGUACAGAUUGCAGAGGAUAAAUAUUCUAUCUAACCCAUUUCUUACCAAC